CUGAUCCUGGGAGAUCCUAGGGAAGGAGGAAUGCCCCUGGAAGUUUCUAUAACACCGUUCUCGCUCCGGAUGCAAACGCCCGCAGGCUGCACAGAGCUCUGGCUGCCAGCAGAGGUCAGGCUGGUGCCGUCGUCUUGCCGGGGGCUGCGGCACGUGGCUGGGGAGGGGCUGCACCUGCGACUGCAGGCUCGGGCCGAAGUCUGCAGGAAACUGUUCUCAGUGUUUAAUCAAAGCUCACAAGCCCAAGAAUGCUACACGUUUUACUGCCAGUCCUGCGGCGAAGUCAUAAUAAAGGACAGGAAGCUCCAGAGGGUGCUCCCACUGCCAGCUGAGAACUGGGCUGCGCUGGUUGACGAGUGGUGCUGUCAUCCCAACCCCUUUGCUAAUAAGCCCCUUCAUCCACGGGACAAUGACUGUUUCACUGGAGACUCUUUCUUCUUGGUGAAUUUAAGAAGUGAUUUGCAACAGCCAAGACCUGAAGUGGCCCCAGCAGAGACCUGCUGUUUUUCUUCUGAGAACCAUUUAAAAUUGACACCAAAGGCAAAUACCAAAGUAAUUUGUAAGCGUUGCAAGGUAAUGUUGGGAGAGACCAUGUCAUCAGAAACCACUAAGUUUUAUAUGACAGAGAUAAUUAUUCAGCCAUCUGAAAGACAUUUUCCCAUCAUACCAAGGUCUCAGUUUGUGCAGAGCGUGAUUGCCCAGUGUCUGGUGGAACUCUCCUCUGCCAGAAGCACUUUUAGAUUCACUGUUCAAGGUCAUGACGGCAAAGUGUACAUCUUGCUAUGGCUUUUAAAUUCAGACAGUUUGGUGAUUGAAUCUUUGGAAAGUUCCACAAGUAUCCAAAAAUUCCCCCUGUUGGAAAACCUACCAAAGGCUGACUCCAGUUCUGCCUGGAAUGCCAUCAAGAUCCUCUACCAGCCAUGCAUCAAAAGCAGGAAUGAGAAGAAGUGAAGUUGGUUCUGAGACAGUAAAGAGAAGAGCCAGAGUGGAAAGCACGCAGAUGGUAUUUCUAAGGAGGGAAGUACAGAACUACCAGCUGGCAGUGAUGGUGCAAAGGAGGAAGGAGACAAAGGGCAAACACCAAGAGAAAUGAUGCUGGCACAAGUGUUGGCUGAAGGCCGGAGGUAGAGGCAGCGCAAGCAUAAAAACAAACAGUUUGGGAAAUGUCAAGAUGAACUUAAGUUUAAGAGCUUCUUUUCUGAAAGAAUCUCAAAUUUGCAGUUGCAAAUGGGAGGAAGAGUGUAUGUGCACUUGGCUUUCGCUCUUCAACUUGAGCAGCUGUUUUAACAGUUGAGUUGGUAGGCACUGGCAGGAAUAGAGUAUUUUAAUUUGGGAGAAACCCAACUGCUAAAACAGCUGUUUGGUCUGAUGAGACUUAAGCUGGCUCUGCUGAGGUUACAUGACUUAAUAGGAUAGUAGCAGCAGGCAGAUUGGCUGUUAUCAUUAUUUUAUUGGACAGAACAGAGGAUGAGCGGACACUAGGUUGAAUUCUAGGUUGAUCUCUGACUUUCCAAAGAAGCCACACUCCUGGUUUAUUUUAGCAAAGUACAGAAGCAGGUAACAUGGGCUUUUUACCUUGUUCCAAGUUCAUGGAAAUUACCUGAAAUAAUUUUGCCUAUGUUCUUGGGAUGCAAGCUUUUUUUCCCUUGCACUUUUAAAAAAGAAGCCUCCCUAGUUUUAUUAGCAUCUCUAUCAUCUCCUAAUAAUAGAUAAUAUACCUGCUCAGGUCACCUCAAGUCACCAGUCAUUUGUAUAUAUAUUUUGUAUUCUUUGUUACCUAAGCAAAGAAUGCUAUUAAUAGCAGCCACCAAAUUUGUCAGUUUGUAAGCAACAUGUUUUUAAUAUCUAGAACAACCUGAGUGACACUGACAGUGAUGAAAAUCUUGAAUUCCAAAUUUGCCUUCUCAAGAACCUUUUUUCAUGGAAAAUACUACUGAUUACAUUAGUUUCCAGUAAAUUUAAGAUUUAAAGUUCUUGUUAAGAUGAUUUGGUUGAUUUCUUGCAAAAAAAAAACUAAUUUUACUUUAUAUAAUGUUAACAUUUUAAACAUUCAAAGAUAGGUUUCCUUUCAUAUAUUUUCAAAAUGAAAAUGGCUUGACUUUUUAUAUGAUCACUGAAAUAGUCAUAUUCACUGGAAACAUUUGAAACAAUACAGGAAACUAUAGUAUAAGAGAGCAAGGAGAAUUCUUAUAAUUUCAGCCUCCACAGGAAACUGCAAUUAACAUUUUGGCUCUCUUCCUUGUAUAUAUCUCUUUAUUUACAUAUACACAGAAAGAUGUGAUUAGAAGAUUAAAUUUUAUAUAAAUUAAUUUUAGCUGUAUAUAUUGUUCUUUAUUUUGCUUGUGCUUUUUUUUAUAACUUGUCAAAACUUUGUGACUGUCUUUCCAUGUCAGUAUAGAUCUACAGUCAUCAUUUAGAUCUUGACUUUGGGGUCUUUCAUAUUUUGAAGUAGUGACUUAUUUUUCUUAUUUCUAAAACCCAGUGUUGUAAGUAAUUAGAAUGCAGAACUGAAGAUGAUGUUUGAGAUGUUAACA